AAGCAGGAAAGAGCCUUUCCUGUCGGAUUUGUCGCCCUAGGACCAAGCAGGCGGUUUUUGUCUUUUGCUCAAUGCGACCCUCGGCCCAGAACACGCGCGAGCCGGCCAGAAGGAAGAAUGCCUCCCCGGAUGGAGCCCGUGGCUCUCCUGCUCCUCGGCGUGCUCGCUCUGGAGGCGCGCCGGAGCGCCAGCGCGCUGCGCGUCCAGCAGCAAUUCUCCUCUCCGAACCGCACCAAUAAUUUCGCCGUGGACCCGGCGUCCGGGAAGGUCUACGUGGCCGCCGUCAACCGCGUCUACCAGCUGAACGCGAGCCUGAGCGUGGAAGCGGAGAAGAGCACCGGGCCGGUGCGGGACAACCUGUUGUGCCACGCGCCGCAGCUCCCGCAGGCGCCGUGCCAGCAUCCCAAGUCGCUCACCGACAACCACAACAAGCUGCUGGUGCUGGACCACGAGCAGGGGGUGGUGGUCGCGUGCGGCUCCGUGUACCAGGGCUUCUGCGAGCUCAGGAAACUGGGCAACGUCUCCGAGAUCGCCGUGGAGUUCCCACCCAAGGGCGAGAAGACCGUCUUCCCGAGCAUGCUCAACGUCGCCGCCAACCACCCCGACGCAUCCACCGUGGGGCUCGUCCUGCGCGGCGGCGGCGCCGGCGGCACCCGGCUGCUCGUCGGGGCCACGUACACCGGGGCCGGCACCCACUAUUUCCCCAAAAACCACAGCAAGGAGGACCUGCGCUUCGAAAACACCCCGGAAAUCGCCAUCCGCUCCUUCGACCUCGGCGACCUGGCCAGACUCUUCACCUACGACAUCAACCCCUCCGAGGACAACGUCUUCAAGAUCAAGCAGGAGGCCAAGGCCAAAAACAAGCUCAACUUUGUGCGCGCCUUCAACCACAAGACCUACUCGUACAUCGCCUUCAACAACGACGCCAAGGUGGGCCACAAGGAGAGCCAGCCCAACAGCGUCCUCGCCAGGAUCUGCCUGGACACCGGCGGCCACAAGUCCAACGGCCCGGAGAGCAGGAAGCUCACCGAGUCCUACAUCCAGGUGCCCCUCCAGUGCGGACGCGACGGCGACAUCUACAACCGGAUCCUGUCCGUCUACCCGGCCGACGUCCGCGCCGAGGACGCCGAGGAGGCUUACCUGUUCGGGGUCUUCUCCAAGGGCGAGCGCAAGUCUGCGCUGUGCGCCUUCAGGUUCGCCGACGUCGAGGAGGAGAUCCGCCGGGGCCGCAGGAGCUGCUCCAACUCGCCCAGCAGUGACGUGCAGGUGCUGGACAGCGUCAUCCAGGGCUCCGGGGCGGCCUGCGUCCACAAAUGGAACCUGGUGCUGCAGCCGGAGCAGCUGGACUGCGGCGCGGCGCACCUGCAACAUCCGCUGGCCCUACGGAGGCCCCUGAGGGCCCUUCCUUUGUUGGAAUACGCCGGCCUGACCGCCGUGUCCGUGGACAGCGUGCUCAACCGCACGGUGGUUUUCCUGGGAACCAGCAACGGACGACUUCGGAAGGUGACCCUGGCGCCGAACAUGACGUCCGCCGGUCGCUGGACGCUUCGGCUGCCGGGGAGGGAGCCCGUCCACCACGUCAUGACCUUUGACCCCAACGACCGGACCUUCCUUUAUCUCAUGACCUCCCACCACAUGCUGAGGGUCAAAGUGGCCCAAUGUGAGCGGUGGACGAGCUGCGGCGACUGCGUGGGGGCGGGCGACGCCCACUGUGGAUGGUGCACUUUGGAGAGCAAGUGUACCAUCCAGAAGGAGUGUGCCCAGGGGCUGUUGGCGCGUUCCUGGAUCGGCACGGGUGAAGGCCCCCAGCAGUGUCCCUCCAUGACGCUAACACCCCCAGAGAUCAGCAUUUCCGCGGACAUCAAGGACGUGGGGAUUUUGAUCAACGGGAUCGUCCCCGACCUGGUCGGGUUCCGGGUGGAGUGCGAGUACGGGCCGGGCCUGUCGACGGCCGCCACCUUGCACCUGGGCCGCGGCCCCGCUCAGAUCCAGACUUGUCCCCUCCUCUCUCGGGAAAACUACCAGCCGAUCCUCCCCGGCACAGAUCAUCUGAGCGUCUCCGUGGCGAUAAAAGUCAACGGCACGUCCGUGGUGUCGGGGAGCUUCAUCAUCUUCGACUGUGGGAGGACCGGCGCCAUAAAUCCCAAAACCUCUUGCGUCAGCUGCCUGAGCACGGCGUGGAAAUGUUACUGGGACGAGGAGGAGCGCCGGUGCGUUUCCACGAAAGACGAGACGAAGCAAAACCUCCUGGAGAACGCCGCUUCCUGUCCCAGCUCGGUGGCCGCAGAGGUUCCUCCGUCGCCGUCGGGGGCGGCCCAGGACUUCGCCAUCUCCCUGAGGAACGUCCAGGAGGAGGAGGAGCUGGAGUGCGACUUCGGGACAGAGCGGCGGUACGAAGCCACGUGGCUCAACAGCUCUACUGUCAAGUGCAGCGGGGUGACGCUGCUGACCAAUCAGAGGAGUCGCAUUUACCAGCUCAACCUGAGGAGGAGGGGCCACCUCGGUGGGGGCACCUUCGUGGACAGCCCCCGGCCCGUGAAAGUGGAGGUGUACAACUGCGGCGUGGGAAGUGGAGACUGUUCGCAGUGUUGGGGCCGCGAGGAUCAGGGCCACCUCUGCGGCUGGUGCGAAAACAGCUGCCGACUGAGGGACGACUGUCAGCCCAUCAAGGAGCAAUGUCCGGCCCCUGAAAUCCACAAGAUCUUCCCGCUGAGGGGUCCAGUUGACGGAGGCACGCGCCUGACGGUGCAGGGCAAGAACCUGGGCCGGAGAGCAGAGGUGGUCAAAGUUUCCAUCGGAGAGGUUCCGUGUACGCUCCUGCCUGAGCUCUACAGCGUCUCCGUUGAGCUGGUGUGCGUCACCGGGAGGUCCACGCGCGGCGGGACGGAUCUGGUCCAAGCGGACGUGGAUCGGAGCGGGACGGGCAAGUCGAAGGAGAGCUUCUCGUACUUGGUACCAAAGAUGUUCUCCAUGGAGCCGAGCAGAGGCUCUCGCGCCGGAGGGACCAGAGUGACCAUCCGAGGGGAACACUUGGGAAUCGGUUCUCAAGUCCGAGUCAUGGUCAACAACACGCUGGAGUGCAUCAUCGCAGAGCAAACAGAUGACACCAUUCAGUGCACGAUGCCGCCAGCUCCGCAGGCGAGCGGCGAGCCGGUGGCGGUCUGUGUGGAGUUUGAGAACGUCUCCUGUCAGGGCGAGGAACUGAGCAGCGCUUACGUGUACGACAAGAACCCCACCAUCAGCUCCAUCAAGCCCGACAGGAGCUUCCUCAGCGGCGGCAGGACCAUCACGGUGGCGGGCCACGGAUUUGACCUGGUGCAGAGUGCCAACAUGCAGGUGCUGGGAAUUGGACAAAGUCUCUGCGCCGUGGUUUCGCCCUCAAUCAUCACGUGCCCGUCGCCGGCCUCCGGCCGGUCCCGGCGGACCUCGGUGCAGUUCUACCUGAAUGGAGUGCUCUACGAGGAGGAGGGCCCCUCCCCCGCCGACGAUGAAGCCGAGGAACAACAAGAGGAGGAGGAGGAGGAGGAGGAGGAGGAGGAGGAGGAAGAAGAGGAAGGGGAGCUUCACAAAGGGCACUUCCUGUUGGAUUACGUCGAAGACCCGCAGUUCUUCACGGCCAACAAGGAAAAGUUGAUUAAACAUCACCCGGGAGAGCAACUGACACUCAUCAUCAACAAGGGGCCCAGCGAUCUGGAGCUGAUGCCGGACGAGUACUCUGUGAUGAUCGGCCCGUACCCGUGCAACAUCAGCUUCCACAACGACCAACUGUUCCAUUGCACCAUCAACGGCCUGCUGAGCUCCCGCGAGACGGAGAUGCCCGUCACCGUGCAAGUGGGCAACUUCAGGCACACCAUCGCCAAAGUCCAGCUCGGCGGCAGCGAGCUGGCCAUCGUGGUGUCCAUCGUGGUGUGCUGCGUCCUGCUCCUGCUGUGCACCGUGGCCCUCGUCGUUUACUGCACAAAGAGCCGACGGGCGGAGCGCUACUGGCAGAAAACUUUACUCCAGAUGGAAGAGAUGGAGUCCCAGAUCAGAGAGGAGAUCCGGAAAGGCUUUGCGGAGCUGCAGACUGACAUGACGGACCUGACCAAGGAGCUUAAUCGCAGCCAGGGCAUCCCCUUCCUGGAGUACAAGCAGUUUGUCACGCGCACCUUCUUUCCAAAGAUGUGCUCGGAUUACGAGAGGAGUCUGGUCCAGCCGGCCUACGAGUACGAUUCCCUGGGCCCUCGAGCCCUGCCGGAGACGCACCCGCUGCUGCAGGACUGGCAGGGCACCAACCCGACCAGACCCAACGUCGAGGAAGGCAUCACGCUGUUCGCCACCCUUCUCAGUAACAAGCACUUCCUCGUCACCUUCGUCCACGCCUUGGAGCAGCAGAAGGACUUUGCCGUACGGGACAGGUGCAGUUUGGCGUCCCUGCUCACUAUCGCCCUCCACGGCAAGCUGGAGUACUACACCAGUAUCAUGAAAGACCUGCUGGUGGACCUCAUCGACGCGUCGGCCUCCAAGAACCCCAAGCUGAUGCUGCGCCGCACCGAGUCGGUGGUGGAGAAAAUGCUCACCAACUGGAUGUCCAUCUGCAUGUACAGCUACCUCAAGGAAACGGUGGGCGAGCCUUUCUUCCUGCUGCUGUGCGCCAUCAAGCAGCAGAUCAACAAGGGCUCCAUCGACGCCAUCACGGGCAAAGCCCGCUACACCCUCAACGAGGAGUGGCUGCUCCGCGAGAACGUCGAGGCCAGGCCGCAGAACAUCAACGUGUCCUUUCAGGGCUGCGGCAUGGACUCGUUAUCUGUCAGGGUUAUGAAUACCGACACCGUCUGUCAGGUGAAGGAGAAAAUCAUCGAAGCCUUUUAUAAAAACUUGCCCUUCUCGCAGUGGCCCCGAGCGGAAGACGUGGACCUCGAAUGGUUCGACUCCGGCAGCAACAGCAAACUUCUGCAGGACCUCGACAACUCCUCGGUCAUGGAAGACGGCCGCAAGAAACUCAACACGGUUUUCCAUUACCAGAUCCCGGAAGGCGCAUCGCUCGCCAUGAGUAUGCAAGACAAGAAAGAGAACACCCUGGGGAGAGUCAAAGAUCUGGACACGGAAAAGUACGUCCACUUGGUCCUUCCGCACGACGAGCUGAUGGAGACCAAAAAGUCGCACAGGCAAAGCCACCGUAAGAAGGUUCUGCCUGAAAUCUACCUUACGCGCCUUCUGUCUACCAAGGGGACUCUCCAGAAGUUCUUGGACGACCUGUUCCAGGCCAUCCUCAGCAUCCCGCGUGAACAGCCCCCACUAGCCGUGAAGUAUUUCUUUGACUUCCUGGAAGAGCAGGCCGACAAACGGGGCAUCACCGACCCGGACACGCUGCACAUCUGGAAAACCAACAGUUUGCCGCUGAGAUUCUGGGUGAACAUCCUGAAGAACCCCCAGUUUGUGUUUGACAUCGACAAGACGGACCACAUGGACGCGUGCCUGUCCGUCAUCGCGCAGGCCUUCAUCGACGCCUGCUCCAUUUCCGACCUGCAGCUGGGCAAGGAUUCUCCUACCAACAAGCUGCUGUAUGCCAAGGAAAUCCCCGAGUACAAGAAGAGGGUGCAGUGCUACUACCAGCAGAUCCAGGAAAUGGCGCCCCUCAGCGAGCAGGAGAUGAACGCCCACCUGGCCGAGGAGUCUCGGAAGUACAGAAACGAAUUCAACACCAACCUGGCCUUGACGGAGAUCUACAAGUACGCCAAGAGAUACAGAAACCAGGUGGCGAACGCCCUGGAGGCCAACCCCACCGCCCGCCGCACGCAGCUGCACCACAAGUUUGAGCAGGUCGUGGCCCUGGUGGAGGACAACAUCUACGAGUGCUGCAGCGAGGCCUGAGGCCCAAACCCGUAGCGAGGAGGCCCGACGCGUCCGCCUCAGCUGCGCUUUAAAGGGAAGGCGCAUUUUUUUGUACAGUUAGUCGGACUUCGAGCCCCGCGCUGGUCUUAAUGCACUGAACUUUUUCCCCCCCGAGGGAACGAGCCAAUGAUGCACUGUACUGUAUUAUAAUGUCCAUAGCAAUAUUUAUAGAUGUUGUAAUGCUUUGACGUGGCCCGUCCGUCCGUCCGUCCGUCCGGUGGAUGGGACGGUGAUAAAAGUUGUCCGUAAAGCCCGCAGCAACGUUCUCAGGUGUGACUCGCCACCGUCGGUGCUUUGACCAUUUUAUUUUUAUUAUUAUUAUUUUUUUGUCCCAAUCUGCUUUGCGGCUGACGCGGAGUCCGUGCGCGCGGUUCGGACCAAACCCGGAGCGGGGGAAAUGUACAUUCACGACAAAACGUGUGGUGGCCGUAUUAUCGCUCGUGAGUGGAUUCGUGAUGCCAAAUGAUUCGGGAGAGUGGCUGGAAUCGAGAAAACGACGACUUUUUAGGGCUCGCUUGUGUCCGUUUGCCGAAGUUCUGCUAAAUGUCACGCGUCAGUGUCGGGGGGAGAGCAACCGAUUACAUGUAACAAGAUCAUAUCAUUUUGUUACAAAAGAUUUGGACUGUAACUCCCUGCCUUCAGAGCGCUAAAGCUAGUGCUAACGCUAGUACUAAUAGGGUUAAAAAUAAAACUUACCGGUAAAUGUCACUGAGACACGCCAGUAACACAGCAGCAAUACGCUAGCACAGCGCUAACCCUAACACCGCAUUAAUGCUAGCGCUGCCCUAAAGCUAGCGCCGCGCUAACACUAGUGCUAACGCUAACAGGGUUAAAAUAACUCCUACCGGUAAAUGUCAGAGAUAUGCCAGUAAUACAGCAGCAACACGCUAACGCUCGUGCUAACGCCAGCGCUGCGCUCAAGCUAGCGCUAGUGCUAAUGCUACCAGGGUUAAAAUAAAACUUACCGUUCAACGUCACAGACACACGCCAGUAACACGCUCGCACAGCGUUAAUGCUAGCGCAGGGCUAAAAGGGCCGGUAAAAGUCACUUCCUCAGCACAUAUGUUCCACCGGUCUCACUCUUACCUUUUCCGCUGGAGUGCCCCCUUGCGGUCGUUAGAAAAAAUGCACAAAUUUUCCGCGUCAAUCGCAGGGUUGAACGCGUGUGGGAAAAAAAAGUUGCGGCUUGUCGGCUGGAAAUUACGGUAAUUGCAAUCCAUUACUGCGCAAAAAACUAUCAUUCAUUUACAGGUGCGCUUAGAAAUGUCCGUGAUUACAAUAUUAGACAUAUUUGAAAAAUAACUGCAAAGGUUCAGAUUUUUUCUUUUUCCAUACUAAAUUAAACACUUGAGUUUGUGCUUUCCUGCCUUUGUCUCGAAGUGCCACCUUCUGCUGAAAUUAUGAUUAUUUUCCGUGAGAUUUGGAAAAACAAUCAGCCUCACAGUUAUGAACACAUCAAAGGACAUUGAUUUUAGAACGCUUUCAUGAUUAUAAUUUUUCACCUUUUUUUGGUUGUCUAAUUUAUGCGCAUUUGUCAUUACGUCAAGAUGUUACACAUAGAAUAUUUUUAUGUAUUUACAUUUAAUCACUUUUCAUUAUCGGUUUAUAAUUUUUGUAAAGAACAA